UGUGUUUUCUCACUGUAUAAUAUCUCUUUUAGUUUGCAAUGUUUGUUUCAAAACCAUUUGAGGAAAUCUAUACAAAACUUAAGAGUCUUUUGAAGCCGCAGUUUUCCUUUUUACCUUCAUCCAAUAAUGCAAUAAGCAGGCAGACAGAUUUUCUAGAAAUAAUACGCAUCAACUUAACCUGUGGAACAUCAUUACCAGAAUGGCUGACUGCAUUUUUAGAUAAAGAUCCAUCAACCUACGGAAACUGUUCCUCUCUCGAGCUCUAUUUCAUGAGGUUUAUUCUUCAUUCUUAUGUGUCUGGUUUAGCAACUUCAUUACCCAGAGAUAAAGAAAUUUUAGAGUCCAAGCUAUAUACUGUGGAAGCUGUCAUCAUGAAAAACUAUAUUUCAAAAGUAUUUGAGAACUGUCAAGACAAAAUAGAUCUACUAACUCCUGCACAAGGACAAUCACUUCUUCUAAUGGCAGACUGGCUUUUUAAAGAGUUCCAAAUGCCACUGGAAAGCUUAUACUUGGCACUUGGUACUGAUGUCCCAUCAGAUGUGGAAUCUAUACCUGCAAGAGAAAGAUGUGCUAUUUGUAAAGGAGAUGUGAAACUGGAUAACAUUAAGUCAGGGCAAUGUUCCAAAAAUCAUUUGUUUGCUCGUUGCUGUCAAUCCUUACUUCUGGCAGAUGUGAUUUCUUAUCGACAAUGUCCUUCUUGUAAGAGCAUAGCUUUGCAGGAUGUUUGGAGUUUUGGAUACACAUGCACCUACUGUGGCAUGGCAAUGGGCUGAAGAUAUUCAUAAUUUACAGAACUUCUUGUUUUAUCAGAAAAGGAUAGAGCAUACUUUGUGCUAAACUAAAGCAAAAAAAAAAAAAAAUAUCUGAAUAGAAUAAAGCACAAAUGAAAGAAUGGACAUACUGUAGAAGUGGAUCUAUGAACACCAACUAUCAUUAGGUGGUUAGACACUGAGGAAGGUUCGUGUUUAUGGAACCGAAACUAUAGUAUGUCCAUUUGUGUACUUUCAUUUACGCUUUAUUCAAGUUUUUUUUUGUUGCUUUAGUCUAAUUUUUAAAUAUGUGAAUUGCUAAAAAUCAUAUUGUACAUACUUGAACUCUUCUUAAAAAUAUGAAACAAUUUCACUGUUAUUAUUUAUCAUAAAUCAUUGUUAGUAAAGUUUC